AUGUCUAUCCUGGAGGAUGGAAACCACACCUCAGUGACACAGUUCAUUUUACUUGGCUUAACAUUUGACCCAGUCCUUCGAGUCAUCCUCUUCAUCAUCAUCCUGUGCAUUUACCUGGUGACCCUGUCUGGAAACUUCAGUACAAUUCUUCUAAUCAGAGUCUCUCCUCAGCUCCAUCACCCCAUGUACUUCUUACUGAGCCAUUUGGCUUCUACUGACAUUGGCAUUUCAUCUUCUGUCACACCCAAUAUGCUUGUCAAUUUCCUGCUGGAGAGAUAUACCAUCUCCUACCUAGGAUGUGCCAUGCAGCUUGGCUCAGCUGCUUUCUUUGGGACAGUCGAGUGCUACCUUCUGGCUGCCAUGGCUUAUGAUCGCUUUAUGGCAAUCUGUAGCCCAUUGCUUUAUCCAACAAAAAUGUCCACACAAGUCUGUAACCAGUUGAUUGUAGGAUCAUAUGUAGGUAGUUUUCUUAAUGCUUCCUGCUUUACCUUUUCCUUCUUUUCUUUCAUCUUCUGUGGCUCAAAUAGAGUCAACCACUUUUUCUGUGAUUUUGCUCCCUUAGUUGAACUUUGCUGUUCUGAUGCCAGUGUCUCUGCAUUUGUUAUCUCAUUUUCUGCAGGCACCGUUACUGUUAUCACGUUGUUAGUCAUAGCUAUCUCCUACAUCUACAUCUUCAUCACCAUUCUGAAGAUGCGUUCCACUGAGGGCCGCCAGAAGGCCUUCUCCACCUGCACCUCCCACCUCACUGCAGUCACUAUAUACUACGGAACUGUCACAUUCAUUUAUGUGAUGCCAAAGUCCAGCUACUCCACUGACCAGAACAAGGUGGUGUCUGUGUUCUACAUGGUGGUGAUCCCCAUGUUGAACCCUCUCAUCUACAGUCUCAAGAGUAAUGAGAUUAAAAAUGCUUUGAAGAGACAGCUUAGUAAGAAAAUAUUUUCAUAG